GAUCGACGUCUGUGGCUCGUGUCUCCCCGCUCUGUGGCGCUGUUAACCUUAUUCCUGCAGCACGCUGGCCCCUCGUCCGAUGACGGAAGGUACAGCCAGGGAAAAUUGUGAGCAUUGGAGAAACAGCAAGUGACGCCGAGAAAGUCCACCGCUUGGGAACGACACCAUCACAUACAAAACACAUCGCCAUCACGUCGACAACACCCACAAUCGACACAUCCGCAAUCAUGCCACACAAAGUAUUGCUCCUCGGAGCCGGCUUCGUUGUCCGCCCUACUCUCGUUGAGCUUGACAAGGCCGGCGUGCAGGUCACAGUCGCCUGCCGUACUCUGGACAGUGCAAAGAAGCUGGUCGCCGGCGACCUGAAGCACGCCAGUGCCAUCUCUCUCGAUGUCAACGACAGCAAGGCUCUGGAGGCUGAGAUCGCCAAGAACGACUUGGUCAUCUCGCUGAUCCCAUACACCUUCCACGCUCUCGUUAUCAAGGCUGCCAUCGCCGCCAAGAAGCAUGUCGUUACCACUUCUUAUGUCUCGCCAGCCAUGCAGGAGCUCGACCAGCAGGCCAAGGAUGCUGGCAUCACUGUUUUCAACGAGAUCGGUCUGGACCCAGGUAUCGACCACUUGUACGCCGUCAAGACCAUUGAUGAGGUGCACAAGGCAGGUGGCAAGAUCACUGGCUUCUGGUCCUACUGCGGUGGUCUCCCAGCACCGGAGAACUCCGACAACCCACUUGGUUACAAGUUCUCCUGGUCGCCACGUGGUGUGCUCCUCGCUGCCCGUAACACUGCCACCUUCUACCAAGACAACAAGAAGGCUGAGAUUGAGGGCAAGGACCUGAUGCGGUCUGCCAAGCCAUACUUUAUCUACCCAGGCUACGCUUUCGAGGCAUACCCCAACCGUGAUAGCACUCCUUACAGACAGCGCUACGACAUUCCUGAGGCCGAGACCCUCAUUCGCGGAACACUGCGAUACCAGGGCAACCCCUCUAUCGUGCAAACCUUCCGCGAUCUCGGCCUUCUCAGCGAGGAGCCGCAAGACUGCCUCAAGCAACCCAUCGCCUGGAAGGAGGCAUUUGCCAAGAUCGUCGGCUCCUCCAGCCACGAUGUCAAGGACCUCGAAUGGGCUGUUUCCUCCAAGACUCAGUUCUCUUCCAACGAAGCCAAGGAUCGCAUCCUCGCCGGACUGCGCUGGUACGGCCUUUUCAGCGACGACAAGAUCGAGCCACGUGGAACUCCUCUUGACGUUCUUUGCGCUACAUUGGAGAAGAAGCAACAGUACGAGCAAGGCGAGCGUGAUUUCGUCAUGUUGCAGCACAAGUUUGAGAUCACCUGGCAGGAUGGCAGAAAAGAGAUGAGGACUUCCACCUUGGCCGAGUACGGUGAGCCUGAGGGCAGUGGUGGCUACUCUGCCAUGGCCAAGCUGGUUGGUGUUCCUUGCGCCGUCGCGGUGCUCUUGGUGUUGAAUGGUAAGAUUCAGCAGAAGGGUGUCCUUGCUCCUGUCACGCCGGAACUGGUCGAGCCAAUUCGUGUCGAGCUGAAGGAGAAAUAUGGAAUCGAGUUGAAGGAGAAGACUCUGGCUUAAGUGGUGAAUUACCGUAAGCUGAGCAACGAUGAUUACGAAUAGAACGACUUGUUGCUGCUACUACCAUAGACCCGGUUGCCGUGGAACACAUGACGCUGCAGGCUAUGACAGGUGUAGAAGACUCUUGACGAAGCAAUAGAAUCAUAGAACGCGAACGGAAAAGCUCUUGGUGUUUGCGACCUGCCAGAUCAGCGGAUGCAGGUUGACCGUGCCUUCC